UUUAAUACUUUUCUUCACUGUUUAAGCUAAUGCUUCCACCACAGUGCACAUCCUAAUUGUCUUCAGGAUUGCUGCUACUAAGAAGGAAAUACUGCAGAUCCAUCUAGCAAUCGGAGUAUGGCUAUGAACAAUGGCAAUAGUGAUUUUGUGGUCCUGAGUAAUGGCAGCAUCCUCUCCAGUGCUACCAGUCCCAGCAUCCUUUCAGCUACUGAUGGAGGCAUUGCAGCCCAACAUCUCCCCUCCAAGGAAGCACCAAGAGCAAAAGUGAGUCCAAAUGGAUGCCUGCAACUUAAUGGUACAAUCAAACCAUCCUUUCUGCCUUUAGACAACGAAAGAACUCAACAGAUGUUGACACAAUGCUUCCACCCUUGCCCAUACCAUCAUCCUAUAAGUAGCCAUAAUAAGCAGCAAGAAUGUCAUUCACUGGCUGGGAGCACAGCACCAUCUCCUAUGACUUCCUGCUGCCUGCAGCCACAUACUGAAUAUUCAACAUCUAUCUGCCAAAAACAUACGCCUAUGUAUCAGGCCACCCGCUGCCUUCAACACUCCCCAUCAUUCUGCCUUCAUCAUCAGUGGCCUGACCAUUUUCAACAUCAGUCUGUUCAACAACAUGUAGCCAGUGUAAGACCUGCCAGACCAUUCAAAUUACCAAAAAGUUAUGCAGCCCUGAUAGCCGACUGGCCUGUGGUGGUUCUAGGCAUGUGUACUGUGUUAAUAGUGGUGUGUGCAUUGGUCGGCAUAUUAGUUCCAGAUCUUCCAGACUUCUCUGAUCCUUUGCUGGGUUUCGAGCCAAGAGGGACUGCAAUAGGCCAGAGAUUAGUCACAUGGAAUAAUAUGGUGAAAAACACAGGGUACAAAGCAACAUUGGCAAAUUAUCCUUUUAAAUAUGCAGAUGAACAGGCUAAAAGUCAUCAGGAUGACAGAUGGUCAGAUGAUCACUAUGAGAGAGAGAAAAGGCAAGCAGAUUGGAAUUUCCACAAAGACAGCUUUUUCUGCGAUAUUCCAAGUGAUCGAUACUCACGAGUGGUGUUUACUUCCACAGAAGGAGAGAACUUGUGGAACUUGCAUGCAAUUAAAUCAAUGUGCAGUGUAGAUAAUUUGAGGGUAAGUAAAGAAAACCUUUUUCAUCUGGAUUAAGCAGAGCAAUAUAUA